AAUAAAGCUGAUGGAAAUUUAGUGGAUCUGUCUGUUCCACCUACAAGUGGAGGCAGCAGUGGGCCAUUUGGACGCAUGACCUCUCCCUUCGAUACCACCAAUGCUGACAUCAGACUUUCAACCGAUAGAAUGACGUCUCCUUUCGAUACCUCUGUCCUCAAACGGAACAAUAGCAACGGAACAAGGCCGAAGCCUGUCCGUACCGAGUCUGAUGCUUCAAUGAAGAUGAAAGCUCGCGCUGCUCAACUCUCAUCCCAGCUAGAAAAUAACGUCUCUGCUUUAUCCAAGAUGAACAUAUUCAACGUAUCCCCAUUACCUUCACCUGGGGCUGCCAUGAAGUCCCCCAAACGAGAGGAAGAUGACUUCCACUUACCGGUCUACAAUUCCCCACCGAGGACCGACCCUAAUCUUCCUUAUCACCUACAAGAGGUACAUGUCGAUUUGGAUAAGACGAAUGUGGAGCUUCCUUCCCCCAAAGCCGUACGGAUUCAACCCGCUCUCUUACGGAAGUCUAGUCGCAAGAACGACUCGGAUUCGGAAGAAGAGUUACCCAAGCACAAAAGAGCUCCUUCACAGCGAUUCAAGGCUGCUCUCAAGGAACCGCUUGCACCCGAGGGUGUCGGAAGAGCUAUUGUGCGCUUUGAUUUCGAUGCAGUAGAAUCUGAUGACCUUACCAUGCGCAAAGGAGAGAUUGUUACGAUACUGGAGAAGAGUGCCAGUGUAGACGAUUGGUGGAAGGGCAAGAUAGGGGAUCGAGUCGGUAACUUCCCGGCCAACUUUGUUGAGGUCGUAGGAAGUGGAAAUAAUGCCAAUGCGGGGAUGCCCUCUCUCGAUCCCUUUGACUAG